GACACAGUUCUAACCUAUGAAUUACAUGUUUCUUUUGGAUACAUUCAGUCUUCUUUUUUGCCACUUAGUCUGAGACCAUUUCAGUAAUGGAAUUUCCGAGGAUUUUACAGUAUUAUCACACAGAUAUUUGUCCUUCUUCCUUUCUCAGGUACUGUUUCAUCAAUGAUGAAAACAACUUGCCCUCAAUUGAAACAAGCCCUGUAUCACUCCUGGUCCGCUGCUGCAGACCUGUACACAACAAACACCAGGAAGGGCUGGAGAAACCGAUCAGUCCUCUUGAUCAUCUGUCUCACCUUCAGUCUCAUCCUGAGCUCCUUCCUCCUCCUCUACCUGCUCUAUGUCCUGCAGUACGGCCUGAUGGUGGCUGCUGGGAUAGCAGGCUCCUGUUGGGUGGCAGUGGGGGCCUCUCUGUUCCUCUCUAAGAGGGUGCGGUGCUUUGGGGUUCUGUUUGUGCUGUCUUGUGGGAUGAGGCAGGGCCGGAACGUUCUCAUCACCGCCGGGACAAGUUUGGUGGUUCUCAAGAACGUCCAGAACACGCUGGAGAACAUCACAGGGCUCAGUAGGAGUAUGGUGUGCAACCUGCAGGCCAAGAGGGUGUCCAUCGACACCACGCCGCUCUGUAACUACGUCAGGAUGUUGAGAUGGGUUGGCGACGUACUCCGAGCUUUCACAGACUUCGGGGUGGCGGAGUUGGUUUCUGAUCUGGAGGUCACGUCCAGAGGAGACUCUGAGAAGUUGAGGGAGAGGCUGGUUGAAGCUGAGAGGACUCUAAAUGGAACUGCCAAGAGCGUCUGGGCCGCGGUGGACACGCUGUCCUCUGUAAGUCAGAGACUUUUCCCUGCCUUCAGUUUCCUCCUGUUGAUGGGCUUCACAGUGCUGCACUUGAGGAGAUAUUGCCAUGACAAGAAAUAUGAAAACGUGUACAUAACCAGGACAUUCAUACAUUUUGAUGAGAAGCAGAAGGCAGAAGGAAGGCCUCCAGUGCUCCCCCUCACACCGAAGGAGGCUAGACGCUACAUCACCAUCCCUUACCCUCGACUCAGGGCCACGGAAGGGAAAGCCAUACUGAAAUUCAGUUUCCCAGUGUUCAUCCAUUGUCUAGCCUGGGUCUUGUUCAUAGGUGUUGAUGUACUCAUGUUCUGGUUUGUUGAGGUCAUCAGAACGCGACUUCAUGAGCUAGAGCCAUUUCAUGUUCCUUUGAUUAUGAACAUAAACGAAGACAUGACCAUUAUUGGUGUCCCCAUUUCAGAGGAGAUCAACAGGAGGGAUUUCUCCUACCAGGUGUCCAUCUUUGAGAAGAGUUGCCUUCCUAAACCUAGAUUAGUACUCUAUGACUCCAUCCUGCCUCUGGUUGUGUUACUAGCUGCCCUUCUCAGCAUGUCCCUGAUGUCUGCCAAGCUCACACAGAUCAGGCUCGUGGUGUGUGAGCAGUUCUUCUCCACCAAUGCUGAGGAGAGGGUGGAGUUUCUGCAUGCUAAGAUCCUGAAGAAGAGAUCAAGAAAGAAAGGGAACAGGAAAGCUGAGGAAAGUAGUCUGAGAUCCCUCAUCAAGAAGACAGAUUUCUGGUGUCCAAUACUCUACAGACCACAGGAGUAUGACAAUGUUCAGCAAGCAAGCUAGACUUUCUGCUGCCACAGGAAGAAGUGAGAGACACUUUUUUUUGUUGAAAAUGUGAAAUGUGAGUUAUGAAACACGUUACAUUAUAACAACUAAAAUCUAGACUAAUGACAUGUUGUCAUUGUAAAUACAUAUAGUAUUUCAGUUUGUUAAUUCAUGUACCUGUAUAAAUAAAGGUUAAAAAAACAUGUUUUUAUAAUAAUAAAA